AUGUUUUAUACAAAGUCGGACCGCAUGUUCACUGAGAACGCGGAGGGACCUGAUGGCACCAGCGUUCCUCUUCACAACAUUGACAAUACCGGCGAGCGUCCACAUCAGCCUGAGGAGGCUUCUUCCUCUACGAGUGAUGUCGACAACAAUGGAACAUGGGGCGAGCGUGAUAUUGGAGUGCCAGUCAAUCUCCGUUCAGCUAUGAGCGAGUAUGAGGAAAUGCGCCGGGAAUUGACCGCUCUUUCGAAAACUCGCACCGAGAAAAGCAUUAAAAGUAAUGCAACACGAGAAAAAUCUAGGCUAGGAGGGAUCUCGGCGGCUGGAAGUCGUCGUUCUCGUGCAGCUUCCGAUGCUCGCAAUGAACUUGAGCGAAAUCUUGAAGCUCAGGAGGGAGAGAAGCCUGAGGAGGGUAGUGAGGGUGACUUCGAAUUGGAUGAGUUCUUGAAGGAUGGCCACUUUGAGAAGAGACGGGCUGGAAUGUCAACCAAGAAAGUUGGUGUCGUCUAUAAGAAUCUUACAGUGAAGGGAGUGGGAGCGACCACUACCUUUGUCAAAACCCUACCAUCUGCUGUUAUCGGGACUUUCGGCCCAGACCUUUACAACUUACUUUCCAGAUUCAUCCCUGGGUUACCAAAACCUGGCUCUGUAGGAGAGAAGCGAGACCUGAUCCGUGAUUUCACCGGUCUUGUUCGAGAUGGCGAGAUGCUUCUGGUCCUCGGGCGGCCAGGAAGUGGAUGCAGUACGUUCUUGAAAGCUGUUAGCAACAAAAGAGCGGCCUUCGCAGGCGUCGAAGGCGGGGUGUUUUACGGAGGCAUUCCGGCCAAAGAACAAGCAAAACAUUACAAAGGAGAAGUCAAUUACAACGAAGAAGACGAUCAGCAUUUUCCAACUCUGACUGUGGAGCAAACACUCGAGUUCUCACUCCUGAACAAAACGAAGAAGCACGAGAAGGGAGAUAUUCCGAUUAUCAUUGGUGCGCUUUUGAAGAUGUUUGGGAUUUCCCACACCAGAUACACAUUGGUUGGUGAUGCUUUCGUCCGAGGGGUUUCUGGUGGUGAGCGAAAACGUGUUUCCAUUGCGGAAACACUUGCGACGAAAUCUACAGUCGUUGCUUGGGAUAAUAGCACCCGUGGCCUGGACGCUUCAACGGCUCUCGAUUACGCCCAUUCGCUUCGAGUCAUGACCGAUAUCAGUAACAGAACAACACUUGUAACGUUGUACCAGGCCGGGGAGGGCAUUUACGAGCUUGUAGACAAGGUUCUCGUUAUCGAUGAAGGCCGAAUGGUGUAUCAAGGACCCGCAGGCGCUGCCAAGAAAUAUUUCCAGGAUCUUGGGUAUUACUGUCCAGAGAGACAGACAACAGCAGAUUUCCUAACUGCUUGUACUGACCCGACUGAGCGAAGAUUCCGAGACGACUUCGAUGGGCCGAUUCCGAAGGGCCCAGUUGAGCUCGAGAAGGCCUUCCGGGAGAGUGAAGCGUAUAAACUUGUCCUUCGGGAUGUCGAGAAUUAUGAGAAAAUGCUUCACGAGACCGAUCAUGCCGAUGCCAGGGAGUUCAAGCAGUCCGUACAGGAAACAAAGUCCCGAACGGUGUCAAAACGAUCAAGCUACACGGUUUCGUUUGUUCGACAAGUCCUUGCUUGUACGAAGCGUGAGUUCUGGCUGACGUGGGGCGAUAAAACGACCCUUUACACGAAGUUUUUCAUUAUCAUCUCGAACGGCUUUAUCGUUGGGUCUCUAUUUUAUGGACAAGGUACCGAUACUGCGGGUGCAUUCUCAAGAGGUGGAACACUCUUCUUCUCUAUCUUAUUUUUGGGAUGGCUUCAGCUGUCUGAGCUGAUGAAAGCUGUUUCGGGUCGCACUAUCAUUGCCAGACACAACGACUAUGCUUUCUAUCGACCUUCCGCUGUGGUUAUCGCUAGAGUCCUCCAGGAUUUCCCUAUGCUGUUGGUUCAGGUCAUCCCAUUCUCGAUCAUCAUGUACUUCUUGACCGGUCUGGACGUAGAUGUCUCCAAAUUCUUCAUCUAUUUCCUGUUUAUCUACGUAACGACACUCUGCAUUACAUGCUUGUAUCGAAUGUUUGCCGCUCUGUCUCCUGGCAUCGAUGAUGCAGUACGAUUCUCUGGCAUUGCGCUCAAUCUUCUGAUUACCUAUACCGGAUAUGUUAUCCCCCGGCCGCAGCUGCUUUCCAAAUAUAUCUGGUUUGGAUGGUUAUACUGGGUCAACCCAAUUGCUUACAGUUUCGAAGCUGUCAUUACAGACGAGUUCUACGACCGCACACUCACUUGCAACCCAUCUGAGACUGUGCCAAACGGCCCUGGCUUUGACAACACUUUAUAUCAGGGAUGUGCCUUUACUGGAGCUGAGGUUGGAUCUCUGAAUGUUCCAGGAUCAAGAUAUUUAAACGUGUCUUUCAAUUAUUCAAGAAGUCAUCUUUGGAGAAAUUUUGGUGUUGUAAUCGCCUUCACCGUUCUGUAUAUCGGGAUCACGAUGAUUGCAUCUGAGCUCUUCAAUUUCAAUGCUAGUGGUGGCGGUGCUCUCGAGUUCAAAAGAUCGAAAGCCACAAAGAAGAAGGUCAAGGCAGCGACUGCUCCUUCUGAUGUUGAGAAAGGAAACAAGGAACGCAUUCCCAGCGAUUCAUCAGGAUCUAGCGACAUUCUAGGGGUGCAAGAGGAAGAGGCCCUCCAACAGAUCUCCGGCUCCGAAAGUAUCUUCACCUGGGAGGAUGUAGAAUACAGUGUUCCGUACAUGGGAGACGAACGAAAACUCCUGAACAAAAUCAGCGGCUAUGCUAAGCCUGGAGUCAUGAUUGCACUUAUGGGCGCGUCGGGUGCCGGUAAAACAACUCUUCUGAAUACUUUGUCUCAGAGACAGAAGAUUGGAGUUGUAUCUGGGGAUAUGUUUGUCGACGGAAGACCCCUAGACACUGAAUUUCAACGGGGCACAGGGUUUUGUGAGCAAAUGGAUCUCCACGAUGGCACUGCAACUAUUCGAGAGGCUCUGGAGUUCUCAGCCAUUCUUCGACAAGACCGCAACAUCUCAAAAGCUGACAAAAUCGCCUACGUCGACAAAAUCAUUCAUCUUCUAGAACUCCACGAUAUGCAAGACGCUUUAAUCAGAUGCUUGGGAGUUGAACAGCGCAAGCGGGUUACUAUCGGAGUUGAGUUGGCAGCCAAGCCUAAUCUAUUGCUCUUCUUGGAUGAGCCCACCUCUGGGCUUGAUUCUCAAUCGGCAUACAGCAUUGUUCGCUUCCUGAAGAAGUUGUCGCAAGCCGGGCAAGCAAUCAUCUGUACUAUUCACCAACCAUCUUCAGUCCUUAUUCAAGAAUUCGACAUGAUUCUUGCUUUGAAUCCUGGUGGACACACCUUCUACUUCGGUGCUGUGGGAGACAAUGGCAGUGCGGUAAUCAAGUACUUUGCCGACAGAGGCGUCCAGUGUCCACCAAACAAGAAUGUGGCUGAAUUCAUUCUUGAGACUGCGGCGAAAGGAGGCAGACGAUCAGAUGAAAGAGAUUCAACUGGAACGACGAAGAUCCAGAGAAUCAAGACCGAGCGAAGCAAAGUUGAAACUCGAGCCGCAGGCGAUCAGCAUGAAUUUGCCUCACCUGUAGCUUUACAGACAACGGAGCUCACGAAACGCUUGUUCAUCCAAUACUGGAGAGAACCAGCAUACCUUUACGGCAAGCUCUUCGUCUCGGUCAUCAUUGGUAUCUUCAACGGCUUCACGUUCUGGAAAUUGGGUUACACCGUGGCCGAUAUGCAAGACAGAAUGUUCACCUCCUUCCUCAUUCUCCUAAUUCCUCCAACUAUCGUCAAUGCCGUUGUACCAAAAUUUUACCAGAACCGAGCUCUUUGGGAGGUGCGAGAACUUCCUUCCAGAAUUUAUGGCUGGGUUGCAUUUUGUACGGCCAAUGUUGUCGCUGAGAUUCCAAUUGCAAUUCUCGGCGCAACAACCUAUUGGGCUCUGUGGUACUGGCCCACUGGUCUCCCGACUGAUUCAUCAACAUCUGGCUACGUUCUCCUGAUGACCAUGCUUUUCUUUUUAUUUCAAUCAGCAUGGGGGCAAUGGAUCUGUGCCUUCGCUCCCUCAUUCACAGUCAUCUCCAACGUCCUCCCCUUCUUUUUCGUAAUCUUCUCCCUUUUCAACGGCGUCGUGCGUCCCUAUGCCCAGCUCUCCGUCUUCUGGCGGUACUGGCUCUACUACCUCAACCCCUCUACUUACUGGAUCGGUGGCGUCCUCGCUGCAACACUGAAAAACACCCCCGUCCGGUGUGCGCCUCAAGAAGCAGCAUACUUCAACCCGCCCCCAGGCUCAACCUGCUCCUCCUACGCUCAGGCAUUCGUGGACUCAGCAACUGGAUACCUCACCAACCCCGACGCGACUACAGACUGCGGAUACUGCCAGUACAGCUCCGGCGUCGACUACAUGCGCACUCUUAACAUCGAGCCCAAAGAUAAGUGGAGAUAUUUUGGAAUAUUCCUGGCGUUUUGCGUCAGUAAUUGGGCGCUGGUCUACUUUUUUAUUUAUACUGUAAGGAUUCGGGGGUGGAGCUUUGGGUUUGGGUAUGUUUUUGGGGUUGCGGGGAAGGCGGGCGGGGCUGUUAAGGGGGUAUUUAAAGGGAAGGGGAAGAAGGAGAUUAAGGAAAUUUAGAGAUAGAGAGGUAGAAAUAGAUUUGGGUUUAGCGAUGAACUUGAGAUUGAAUUAAUUAGUACUAGAGCAUGUUGUUGGUUGAGUCUAUGAUCUCAUCGUCUAGAAUAAAGGAACUGAGC